AUGGGGGACUUCAAUAUUUGCCUUCAAAAUUGCGGUGUUAUGGAUAUGAGAUCACAAGGCGCGUUGAUGACCUGGUGUAAUGGCCAAAGCGGCUUGGCUCGUAGUUGGGUUUUGUCUCGUUCUACCUCUGAUCACUCUCCUUUAGUGAUUCAGAUGGGUGAAGACCCGUUCAGGUAUGGGCCUAGUCCCUUUCAUUUUCAAUUUAUGUGGACUGACUAUGCAGAUUUCCUUAGAUUCGUGGAGGGGAAUUGGAAUCAAGCUGGGCUUGGUUUUGGUCUUUUUAAGUUAUCCUUUAAGCUUAAAAGACUUAAGGUGGCGCUUAGGGAUUGGAAUCAACGUUGUGAUGACCCGCUUUUAAGUGAUAUUGAGCAGCGUAUUGAUCGCCUGGAUAAUAGUCUUCAGAACUCUUAUUCUAUUGAGGAUGAUAAUGAUCUCUUGGCUGCCAAUUUGGAACUCUUAACUUGGAAGGGUCGGGAAAACAUUCGUCUGUCUCAUAUGGCUAAGAAAAGAUGGUUGAUAGAUGGGGAUAAUAACUCAAAAUUUUUCCAUGCGUAUUUGAAUGCUAAAAAUCAAAAGAGGAUUACUGAUAUGUUUCUUGUAGAUGAUACUCAUUUAAAUAACCCUAUUGAGAUUCAUAAGGCCGUUGUUGAGUAUUUUAAGCAGUUUUUGGGUGAUAAUAGCCAUUUUGAGUUUUCUAGUUUACGGGAUUUGAUUUCUCCAGUGAUUACUACGGAUGAGAAUUGA